CCGACAAGAAUUUAAGGCAUUCCAAGAGAGUAUGUCGACUAUGAUGGAGAAAUGGUUCGGGAAGCACGAUGCAACGCUUUCUAGAUUAUUGAAAGAAUUCGAAGAAGUUAAAACCUCUGUCCGAUUCCUAAGCGAUAAAUAUGACAAUCUCGAAAAGAACACAAUAGAUGUUAGGAACCGAGUCCAGGCAUUUGAGAAAAAAAUGGAGUCAAAUGAACCUCGGAUAGCUGACCUGGAGGCAAAACUUGAGAGCAUGGAACAGAGAGCGCGCAACUGUAACCUCGAAAUUAGUAAUCUGCCUGAGAAACGAGGAGAGAACUUAAUCUCAAUCAUUGAGAAUAUCGCUCAGGUCAUCAAACUGCCAAUGUCUACACGUGACAUCGUCAACAUCCAUCGUGUGCCGCAAAGCAGCCCGAAUAUUACUCGUCCAAAGAACAUAGUUGUCAAAUUUGCUAGUCAAAUCACCCGGGACAACUUCAUCUCUGCCACACGCUUGAAUAAAGGGCUCGAAUCAGAACAGUUAAAUAUUCAAGGUCCUUCACGGAAGAUUUACAUCAAUGAACACUUGACACUAAAUAGUAAAAAACUUUUUCGUAAAGCCCGAGAUCUCGCCCGUGAAGCGGGAUUCAAAUUUGCCUGGAUCAAACAUGGAGUUAUCCUGGUCAGGGCCGACGUCACUACUCCUGCCUUCGCUAUCCGCACAGAAAAAGACUUAUCUAAACUUAAGCCCAAUUCCCAUUUACAUUAGUGUUACAUUGUUUUUUUUAAUGUUUGUGCAUUCAUUGUUCGCCAAACGUGAGUGUAAUAGUGCUGUAUUUAACGAUACACUUCACUUGUCACCGUAUUAUUAUGUUGCAUAUGUUGUGUUGUGUUUGAGUUCUCUAUACGUCGCAGUGCUCUGCGCGCUGACUGGGACCGCAGGUAUUCACUAUUUUCUUAGACUGACCGCCGCUUAUUUUCAUGUUGAAAUAUAUGAUAAAUCGCACUGGUUUGCUUUUUUAAAAGUAUACUUCUUUAAGGAUACAUAUUAUUAUGAUUUAUUAAUGCAUUUUACUUAUUUUAUUGCACUAUACAUCACUUGGGAAAGAUAUUUUGUCCACCCAAAUUUUAUUUCGUCACUACUUACUAUAAGAAAAUUAUUGCAUUACUUUCGAUUUCACUGUAUUUGUAGCACAGGAUAUCUUACUAUUGAGGUUCCUUCAGUAAUAUUUAGUAUUUCCACUCAGAGCAAUGGCUAAUAAUUUAGCAUUGUAUUAUCAAAACUGCAGGGGUCUUAGAACUAAAUUAAAUACUCUUUACAACAAUAUUAUGGCGGAGUGCUACGAUGUUAUAAUUCUAUCAGAGACAUGGUUAGUCCCCGAAAUCGGCGAUGGCGAAUUCAUUGACUCCCGGUAUGUUGUUUACCGGUGCGACAGAAAUCGUGUGUUGAGCGGGAAGUGUGACGGUGGAGGUAUAUUGGUAGCUGUGCGGCGUGGACUGUCCGUAACCCGGACUGAACUAACGACUACGCUUUACCACGACGGUUGUUAUUAUAAAAUGCCACACAAUGUCGAUUAUGUACUUUUAAAGCUACAUUCCAAGACUAGCAAUGAAUAUCAGACUGUAUGUGGAGUGUACGUUCCUCCUAGCCAGACACUGGAUAACUACCAAUCCUUAUUUAACUUGCUUGAAAACGAAUUACUUUCCCCUGCUUCUAAUGAUAUUUACAUAAUUGGCGAUUUUAACCUACCGCAUAUCGAAUGGACCGACUCGGUUGGGCCUGCGCUAAUGCCUCGUAUUCACAGUCACAGUUCUUCACUUGAUAUUUUAGUUCUGAAUUUUCUCUCAACUUUAAACUGUAAGCAAUAUAACAAUAUUAAAAAUCACCAGAAUCGUACCUUGGAUUUGUUAGUAUCUACCGUUUUAUGCUCAUGUGAACCCGUGCCCAUUCCUUUGGUCCCUAUAGAUAACUUCCAUCCUCCCUUUUUAGCCAUUAUUCCGUUUAAAUCUAUUCUUAAGCCCAUGCCACGUAGCUCUGUUCCUAGGUAUCACUUCAUCGAGGCUGAUUUCUCCGCUAUUAAUAGCGACAUUGACUUAGUGGACUGGACCUCUGUUUUGGAUAGCGUUUCUUUGGAUUCUGCAGUCGACACUUUCUAUGAGAUUAUUUACAAAAUUAUAAAAGCCCAUGUUCCAAGUCGCCCAGUUAAAUCUAAUGAGUAUCCGGCUUGGUUCUCUCGCCCCUUGAUACACGUUUUUAAAAACAAGGGAAAAGCCUGGAUAAAAUAUAAAAAAUACAAAAACAUAACAGACUAUGAGCAAUUCUCCCUAUAUCGUAAAAGAUUCAAGUCACUUUCAGUUGAAUGCUACAGUAAUUAUCUUAAUUACAUCGAAACUUCCUUGCGAAAUGACAUAAAAAAAUUCUGGUCCUUUGUUAAGAGCAACAAGAAGAACAGUGGCGUACCUGACACAAUGUCAUUUAGUAACGAGGUUGGCAAUGGACCUGAAAAUGUAUGUAAAUUAUUUUCAAAUUUUUUCAGCUCAGUAUACGAACCUACAGAUACCAGUGCUUCGGUUAACUUUGUGUCUCCAACCAAUAAUCAAAUAAUUCUCUCCGACUUGAUUCUUACUAAAGAAAAUAUAGUUUCUUCCCUCAAAUGCUUGGAUGUUGCGAAGGGUCCUGGGCCGGAUGGCCUACCUGCUUUCUUCCUAAAACAUACCGCUAAGUCUAUCAGUACUCCAGUGUUUCAUUUAUUUAAUCGUAGUCUGAAGGAAGGAAUUGUGCCUCAAGCGUGGAAGACUGCUAAUGUUAUUCCUGUAUAUAAAGGUGGUGCCAAACACGAUGUUACCAACUAUAGGCCAAUUUCCUUGUUGUCUACCUUGUCAAAAGUCUUGGAGAAGCUGGUUCAUAAGGCAAUCUAUCCCACCCUACACAAUACUAUCAUCCCCGAACAGCAUGGAUUCGUUCGAAAUCGUUCAACAGUAAGUAACCUAAUUUUGUAUUCAAAUUCCUUGUUUGAAAAUAUGGAUAAUAGACAGCAAGUUGAUACAAUUUACACAGAUUUUUGCAAGGCUUUUGACAAGGUGGACCAUACAUUACUCUUACAAAAAAUUGCAUAUAACGGUAUCCGUGGAAGUCUGCUCCGUUGGAUUACCUCCUAUGUUAAAAAUAGAACUCAGAGGGUUGUUGUCCAAGGGUUCAGCUCAGAUGUGGUCAGCGUGACCUCUGGUGUGGCGCAAGG